AUGGCCUCAACCUGGAGCACUCACAGCUGGGACUAUCACAGACAGAAAUACAGUCACGUCGGAGACUGCUCCGUUCCUGUAUUCUUUAUGACAGAGCUUACAGACAUGUUCUCGCGUUUGGGAGGCUUCUGUGACUUAGACAAGCCUCAGACAUCGGCCGGCUCAGAUGCAGAUAUUGACGAAGUUGAAAACUUGGUGUACGACGCCAUGCUUCAACUUCUAGAGAUUGCCAGCAAAGUUCAAGAGAAAACCCAUUCAGACAUCCUCCCCGGAUCGGAAUCCCAUGAGCACUUAUUGCUUGAGGUCGCUGCACUGGGGAACAAUUUAAGUUCCUGGUCUGCGAGGCUUCCUCCACUGCUUCGUUGGAGUCCUGAAAAUGCUAAGAGGGCACCGUCACUCUACUUCGUAAUGCAUCAACAAUUUCAUACAACCCAAGCCUUAUUGCACGGACCAUAUGGACAAUAUGGAGAAGCGCUUCAGGGUCAAUAUAGCGCCUCUAGUGUUGAACAGCCGAAUGAAGCAUACUCCUUCGUACCUUUGGCUCGAUCAAUUGCGUUCAAACAUGCAUUGAAGGUUGCGCAGAUAUUCGCAUUUCAUCGGACGAGAUUUGGCCAGAGCCAGUUUGGCCUGUUUUCGCUCACACAUGCUGCUACAGCAAGUCUUGUUCUGAUUGCAAAUGCAUCACUUGGUGAGAAUUCUAGCGAGCGACUUCUCACCUUGCAGCGGAUUCGGACCCUACUAGAAGAACUGAAACAGAUGUCUCUGGUCUAUCAACCGGCCAAAAUGAUGACCGCCGUGAUGGAACACUACAUGGAGAACACUGGUGUGGAUUUCAACAGUCUACCAAUCUCGGAUUCGAGCUCAACACCGUUUACAGAGUCUAGUAACGGUGUAUCCGCUCGACGGCCUAGUGAGCAUGAUCAAGAAACUGCAAGUCAAUGCAACAAGAAGAGACACAUCUCAAACCGGGGAUCUUCAACUCUGACUACUCCAUCGUCUGCGAAUGCCGCCGUUGUAUUCCAUCCGCCUAGCAGACCCGAAAUUUCUGCCUCACACGCACGAAGCGAAGCUGAAGUUGAGGACUUCGAAAUCCUGGGUAAUGACACGGCUGGAAACCAUGCACAUAUUGCCGAUGAAGAGAGCUGCAAUGCUUUGAAAUCCACCACUCUUCACGUGUCAGAUAAUGCGAUAGAGACCUUUUUAUGGACAGAAGUUUCUAUCGAGCCGCCAUUAGGCGAUGGGGGUGCUCAAAUACCGGGUUUAGCAGAAUUUUCGCCCUCGUUUCUAUUGCGCGAAAGUUCCGACGACGGUACAAGACUUCAAAGUUUGGGAAAUGAUUUUGGGGAUGUCUUCCUCGGAUAUCAAGGAGAAAACUUCGAGAACACCACCUGGUAG